AUGCCGCCGAAGACGACCGCGCCUUCAGCCUCUAAAGAUGUCCUCGAGGACUGCAUCGCCGUUCUUAUGGCCACGGGUGGCUCGACGAGUAUUACUGGUGCCCAGUACGACAUGAUGUCGUCUAUCAACGGCGAGCGCACUGCUUCCAGCUUCCAGCAUCAGUUCCGCCACAUCAUCGCGAAGUCCAAAGAGCUCAAGCAACGUCUGGAGAACGGCGAGGAAUUUCCUCCAGUUCCUCCUCCUAAAAAGAGCGCACCGGCAACUCCUAAGAAACGCAAAGCUGCAGGUCAGAAAGAGACACCGAACAAGAAGGCGACACCGAAAAAGGAUCACCGCAAGCAAGAUACUCAGGCGGAAGAGCAAUCCAGGGGCGAUAGUCUUGAAGCCGAAGAUUUCCAAAUCAAGCAGGAAGAUGCGUGGGGAUUUGUCUGA